GACCCUCCACUACCACGUUCUCUUAAUCUAAUUUUCUCUCUUUCUUCUUUCUCCCUAUUUAUCUUAUAUAAUCUGAUUGGAAUCUUCACCAGUUGUAAAUCGUCUUUGAGCAGAUAAGACUGGUGGUUGAAUCCUUUCUUUUUUUUGAAGAUUACAGGUGUAUAUAUAAAAUUUUGAUUUAGAUGCUAUAACGCAUUUGCACUUUAUCUCAAUAUCUGGUAAAUGGGGUCUGAAGGGCCUGCAGCAGUUACAAUUCAUGUCACAGGGUUUAAGAAAUUCCAUGGAGUUUCAGAGAACCCAACGGAGACAAUUGUCCAUAAUCUGAAAGAGUAUUUGAAGAAGAAGGGUUUGCCAAAAGGUCUGACUCUUGGGAGUUGCAGCAUUCUUGAGACUGCAGGACAAGGAUCACUUGCUUCCCUCUACCAGACAUUGCAAUCUGCCAUCAACGAGAAUGAUUCUGAAUCUUCAAAUUCCAGACGAAUUAUUUGGCUACACUUUGGCGUUAAUAGUGGUGCAUCCAGGUUUGCCAUUGAGCAUCAAGCUGUUAAUGAAGCUACUUUCCGUUGCCCUGAUGAGAUGGGAUGGAAACCUCAGAAAGUCCCCAUAAUUCCUGCAGAUGGUGGAAUUUCACGAAUACGAGAGACCUCUCUUCCUGUUGAGGAGAUAACCAAGGCCUUGGCAAAGAAGGGUUUCGAGGUGAUGACCUCAGAUGAUGCAGGACGCUUCGUAUGCAAUUAUGUUUACUACCAUUCACUUCGGUUUGCUGAGCAAAACAUGAUCAAAUCUCUGUUUGUGCAUGUUCCUCUCUUCUUGACUAUAGAUGAGGAAACUCAGAUGCAAUUUGCUGCUUCCUUGUUAGAGGUGCUUGCCUCGUUAAGCCAGUAAUCUGUCAAUCAUUCAACCACAGAGUCUAAAUGCAAUGCUUAGGAGCUCAUAUAUGUGUAUGAAUGAACAUUGAUCAUGUUUGUAAAAGUGGAUGGAUGCUUGUUAAUUGAAAUGGCUUUAAUAAUCAGAAAGUGGGGAGAAAUGUAUCCAUGGAACUUGCAUCUAAAUGUACUUUGUUAAGUGUUUUCAGAAGGUUUUGGCAACUCGUCAAGAUUUGCUUGAAAUGCAGUUUGUGAAUGAGGUUUCAGUUUGUUUA